CCAUUUGUUGAGGAAUGUAUCAAAGCAAUGCAACAUCGAGAAGCUUCUAAAUAUAUACAAAGAUGUGACCCAGCUGUAAGACCAGGUUUAUAUAUUAAAAUUGGUGACUUUAAAGCUGCAGGACAAGAAGCCUUGACUUUGAAAGAUGUUCAAUUACUUCAGGAAAUAAGAAACAAAUGUACUGAUCCUAUUUCUUCACAAGAUUUAGAUGCUUAUAUUGCACAGUUAACUUCUCGAUAA